CACUAAUGCGUUGAGGUCUGGAUUUGUUUUGUUUGUAUUGCAAAAAUAAACAGAUUCCUAAAAAAACGUAGCUUUUCAGUUAAUAUAAAAUAUAAAUACGAUGCCACUUACUGCAGAGAGUGCAGCCCAACAGAUUCAGGAUCGCCUGAAGGAUAUUCAACAACAUAUUCAUAUUGUGGACGAGGAGCGUCGUCGGGCGGAGAACUCAAUUUCCAGCCUGGUGCGAUCGCUUCAUGCCACCAAUCAGAAGGUCAAGCCCCUCCUCAAAGCCAGUUUAAUGGAGGCUUCGCAGGAGGAGGCCACAAUUCGUGCAGCAUUGGCCAAAAUCCACGAGAUUCGCAGCAUUCGGAAUGAAAGACGCAUUCAAGCUCGCAAUGCUGGAAAUAAGGAGGCUAUCCGACGAGGAGCCCUCAUGAAAAUGGUGCAAUUAUCGGCACAAACGCUGCCUUUGUUUGUCGGCAAACUUGGAGAACGUGCACCUGCUUUAUGUGGCUGCAUUCCAGCCGAGGGAAACUAUGUGGCAAAGGUUGGCGACAACGUGGCAGCCUUAGCCAAGGGAAUCGACGAGGAGGAGAACUGGAUCCUGGCGGAGGUUGUGCAGUUCCUCCACCGCCAGAACAAAUACGACGUAAUUGACAUUGACGAAGAGCAGAAGGACCGCCAUGUGCUGAGCAAGCGUAAGGUCAUUCCACUGCCUCUGAUGCGUGCGAAUCCUGAGACUGAUGGUCACGCCCUGUUCCCCAAAGACACAGUGGUAAUGGCGCUAUAUCCGCAGACCACAUGCUUCUACAAGGCCAUCGUUCAUCGCCUGCCGCAGACUGCCACUGAGGACUACGAGGUGCUUUUUGAGGAUUCCUCGUACCUGAAUGGCUACGCAGAACCUCUGCCGGUGGCCCAGCGCUAUGUGAUUGCCUACCGCCCCACGAAAAAGGGCGCCGGCAGUGGCAGCGGGAAUCUCUCAUCGGCUUAGGCAACUAUAAUAUUUAAAUUUUAAUACAGCGAAUAGAAGAACCCUUAUCUUUAAAAUAUUUGGUAUUUUACAAAUAGACUUGUAACUUACAUUUAAUUUUAAUAGUCUUUUCUAAAUCUGAAAAUUUAAGCUUUUGUUUUAAAUGGAAUUCUUUAUAAAUAUCAAGUUAUCAUGUUAUUUAUGAAUAUACAAAAGCUAUCUUUACUGUUUUCCAGCA